GUUCCGAUACCUUGAGCCGUCUCCGCCAGCAUUAAGCUUUGCCCGCAUUGUGCACGCUAGGAAACAGUCACACAAGUGACACAACCCAGCUGUGAGUCCAAGAGCAGAAAACACAGCGCACCCCCAACAGCGUUGAGCCACUUUGGGGUUACUGGACCCAGCAGCCCGCCCAGAGCCCAGCCUCUCCUACCUCCUAGCCAGGCGAGGACCCUAUGCAGCGGCUGCUGCCCGCGGCGAUGCGGCCCAAGCGGGCGACCGACAUGGCGGCGGCGGCGCCCGGGCGCAAGGUGGUGCUGGCGGUGACGCAGUUCGGCAUGAGCGAGGACCGGGCGGCCAACGCGGACAAGGCGGAGCAGUACGUGCGGCGGGCGGCGGCGGCGGGCGGCCAGAUUGUGGUGCUGCCGGAGCUGUUUGAGAGCAUGUACUUCCCGAUGGUGCACUCAGAGGAGUACUUCCAACUUGCCGCCCCCUUCGAGGGCCACCCACUGGUGGAGCGAUUCGCCCGGCUUGCGGCGGAGCUGCGAGUGGUGCUCACGGUUUCCUUCUUUGAGGUCGCCAACACCACCUACUUCAACUCGUGCGCCCUCGUGGACGCCGACGGCACAGUGCUCGGCAGGUACCGCAAGAGCCACAUCCCGGAUGGCCCCGGGAUCAGGUACCUGGAGAAGUUCUACAUGUCCCCGGGUGACACGGGACUGGACGUGUACGACACCGCGUACGGCAGGGUGGGGCUGGCCAUCUGCUGGGACCAGUGGUUCCCAGAGGCGGCCCGCGCGCUGGUGCUGCAAGGGGCCGAGGUGCUGGUGUACCCGAGCUGCAUCGGCGACGAGCCACACGACCCUGCCAACGACUCCUACCCGCACUGGAUGCGCGUGCAGCAGGGCCACGCCGCUGCCAACAUGGUCCCCCUGCUGGCCGCCAACCGGGUGGGGCGCGAGCAGCUGCAGGGCAGCACCGGGCCGGUCACCUACUACGGCGGCAGCUUCAUUGCGGGGCCGCAGGGGCAGAUCCUGGCGCAGGUGGGGGCCUCCGCCAAGGCUCUGGCGCACGGCGACCGCGACCCCGCGCCCGAGCUGGCGGAGGGGCUGGUCACCGCCGAGGUGGACCUGGCAGGACUGGCCACGGCCCGGGCUCAGUGGGGCCUGUUCAGGGACCGCCGCCCCGACCUGUACGGAGCGCUGAUGACUAAGGACGGCGGCAAUGUGGGUGCCGGUGGCAGCAGCUACGCCUACAGCAGCGGCAGGGGCGGGAAGGGCGGUGCGGGAGGCAAGGCCGGCGGCGGGGGCUGCAGCUGCUGCGGCAAGCAGGAGUGCAGCUGCAAUGGGCGCUAGAGAGUGAGGAGGAGGGGAGGGGUGGAUUGAAGAUUGCAGGGUGGUUUGAAGGAUGGAGAAGGCAAGGCGGGUGGUUGUGGUGAAGAUGUGCGUCAUGGGAAGGAUGUCGUGACGGGACCUCCGUGCUUUGCUACACUGCCCUUGCACUUUCGUGAUGUUCGGUAUUCUGUGUGGUGCUUAUUGGGGGGGGGGGGGACGGAACCAAGUUGAGCAGUCGCGUUGUUGCUCAGAUGGCGGAGGGAAAAAGUGAACAUUGAGAAUGAGGGAAGGGCCUGAUUGCCGGGCCGUGUCAGGUUGGAUUGGAGGGACUUUGCAAAGUCGCAUUGCAGUUGAAAGCGUUUCGCAUCAAUGUUUAUUUUCUGUAAACAUCUAUUGAA